UGCAGGAUGCGGGUGGGACUCCGGUGCGCGGCGCAAAGGCACAAAGGCAGAGCUCAGUGAACGCGAACGAGGAGCCGGAUCUCGACGAGGAGCCGGAUCUCGAAAAGGAGCCGGCUGUUCAGAUGUACUCCUCCUCAUCUCCUGCAGCUGUUCAGAUGUACUCCUCCUCAUCUCCUGCAGCUGUUCAGAUGUACUCCUCCUCAUCUCCUGCAGCUGUUCAGAUGGACUCCUCCUCUUCUCCUGCAGCUGUUCACAUGCACCCCUUCUCGUCUCCUGCAGCUGUUCAGAUGGAGCGGUCCAGGUCUGAGUCCAGAGUGAAGGAGGAAACCCCCGAGAGUCGACAGAUUAAAGAGGAGGCAGAGGAGCUGAGCGUGAAACAGGAGGAAGAGCCGCUCCCGGAGUUCACCGCCGUGUGUGUGAAGAGCGAAGAGUCCUGUCAGACUGUUCAGACCUGGUCCAGCUCUGAGUCCAGAGCGACGGAGGAAACCCCCAAGAGUCGACAGAUUAAAGAGGAGGCAGAGGAGCAGAGCGUGAAACAGGAGGAAGAGCUGCUCCCGGAGUUUAUCACUGUGUGUGUGAAGAGUGAAGAGUCCUGUCAGACUGUUCAGACCUGGUCCAGCUCUGAGUCCAGAGUGAAGGAGGAAACCCCCGAGAGUCGACAGAUUAAAGAGGAGGCAGAGGAGCAGAGCGUGAAACAGGAGGAAGAGCUGCUCCCGGAGUUUAUCACUGUGUGUGUGAAGAGUGAAGAGUCCUGUCAGACUGUUCAGACCUGGUCCAGCCCCGAGUCCAGAGUGAAGGAGGAAACCCCCGAGAGUCCACAGAUUAAAGAGGAGGCAGAGGAGCAGAGCGUGGACCCGGAGGAAGAGCUGCUCCCGGAGUUCACCGACCCACAAACGGACUCACAAACCGACUGCUCCUCUGACACAGACGACGACGAAGACUGGGAGGCUCCGGCCGGCACUUCCACCGCGCACACGGAGACGGAGGAGCACGGAGAGCAUGACGAACAAACGCCGAGGAAACCAAAGGCAGAAGGAGAAGGCGGAGGAUCUGAGGAGAAGAAGAAGAGGAAAUAUGAGUGCGCCGUUUGUCACAAGUCUUACACCACAAAUCAAAACUUAAAAGUCCACACGAGAAGCCACACGGGCGAGAAACCUUACAGCUGUUCAGUUUGUAAGAAAUCGUUCGUCCAGAAAUGUCGAUUAAAGAAACACAGUAAGAUCCACACAGGGGAGAGACCUUACAGCUGUUCGAGAUGUAGCCAAACUUUUACGCAUAAGGGUGACGUCAAAAAGCACAUGAGGAGUCACACGGGCGAGAAACCUUUCAGCUGUUCGGUUUGCCACAAGACGUUUAUCCAGAGCGGAAACCUCAACGCACAUAUGAGGAUUCACACCGGCGAGAGACCUUACAGCUGUUCGACCUGCCAGAAGGAAUUUAAACAAAAGAACGAACUCAAGACUCACAUGAGAACUCACACGGGCGAAAAACCUUACAGCUGUACGGUCUGUGGGAAAGCGUACGUCAAAAAGAGAAGCCUGAACAUACACAUGAGGAGACACACCGGGGAGAGACCUUUCAGCUGCUCCGUGUGUCAGAAAAGCUUCGCGCUGAAGGAUUAUCUACACGUGCACAUGAGGAUUCACACCGGAGAGAAACCCUACAGCUGCUUGGUGUGUAAACGGGCGUUCGCGCUGUCGUCUCAACUCGCCGCACACAAGAGGACGCACACGGGACACAAGCCUUACAGCUGCUCAACCUGCGGGAAGACGUUCGCGCUGAACUCCGGUCUCAAAGUGCACACGAGGACGCACACGGGGGAGAGACCGUACGGCUGUUCGGUGUGCGAGAAAGCGUUUCCGUCGCACGCCAGCCUCAGCAAUCAUCAGAGGACGCACACGGGGGAGAGGCCUUACAGCUGUACAGUUUGUCCCAAGAAGUUCGGACAGUCGUGUCACCUGAAAACACACAUGAAAACCCACGGACUCUGAUCCUCAACACCGAAACCCUCUUUUUUUUUUUUUUUUAGACAAUCUCCUGUGAUUUUCCACGUUAAACGGUAGAACUUUCUUUUUAUUCCCACACACCACGAUGAUUUUAAAACUUUUCACGUUUAUUACCUACUGUAUUUUUCGGAGUUUAAGUCGCACCAGCCAAAAAAUGUGUAAUAAAGAAGAAAAAAACAUAUAAGUUGCAUUUUUAUCCAAUCCAAUCCACUUUAUUUCUGUCGCACAUUUCACAAACAAACUGUUUCCAAAGUGCUGCACAAAUACAUAAAAAAUAACAACAAUAAGAUGAUAAAGAAAACUACUAAAAUAAUACUAGUCUUAA